UGGAGAAAGCGGCAGCCGGCCUAGCGGAGGCAACGACGGGGCGGUCUCAGGGACUCGGGUCGAGCUGGAUCUCGUCACCCGGUGGUGCUGCCGUGGUCACUCGCGUUCUCUUGGCCGGUUCCGUUCCCGUACACGGCUGCAGCCUUCGCGGAACCAUGGCUGUGCUCGUCGUGCUUCUGUCCUUGUUGGUGGCGGGUGUUUUGGGGAACGAGUUUAGUAUAUUAAGAUCACCAGGGUCUGUUGUUUUCCGCGAUGGAAAGUGGCCUAUUCCCGGAGAGCGAAUCCCAGAUGUGGCUGCAUUAUCCAUGGGCUUCUCUGUGAAAGAAGACCUUUCUUGGCCGGGACUUGCCGUUGGUAACCUAUUCCAUCGCCCUCAGGCUACUGUUAUGGUGAUGGUGAAGGGAGUGGACAGACUGGCUCUACCCCCAGGCAGUGUCAUUUCGUACCCUUUGGAGAAUGCAGUUCCUUUUAGUCUUGACAGUGUUGCAAAUUCCAUUCACUCCUUAUUUUCUGAAGAAACUCCUGUAGUUUUGCAGUUGGCUCCCAGCGAGGAAAGAGUGUAUAUGGUGGGGAAGGCAAACUCAGUUUUUGAAGAUCUUUCGGUAACAUUACGACAGCUCCGCAAUCGCCUGUUUCAAGAAAACUCUGUUCUCAAUUCACUUCCCCUCAAUUCUCUGAGUAGGAACAAUGAAGUUGAUCUGCUCUUUCUCUCUGAACUACAAGUUCUGCAUGAUAUUUCAAGUUUGUUGUCUCGACAUAAGCAUCUAGCCAGAGAUCAUUCUCCUGAUUUAUAUUCACUGGAGCUGGCAGGUUUGGACGAAAUUGGGAAACAUUAUGGAGAAGAUUCUGAACAAUUCAGAGAUGCUUCUAAGAUCCUUGUUGAUGCUUUACAAAAGUUUGCAGAUGACAUGUAUAGUCUUUAUGGUGGGAAUGCAGUGGUAGAGCUAGUGACUGUCAGAUCAUUCGACACAUCCCCUGUGAGGAAGACAAGGGCUAUCCUUGAGGCAAAACAAGAGAAUAACCCAUCAAGUCCCUAUAAUCUUGCAUAUAAGUAUAAUUUUGAGUAUUCAGUGGUUUUCAACAUGGUACUUUGGAUAAUGAUCGGCUUGGCCUUGGCUGUGAUCAUCACCUCUUAUAAUAUUUGGAACAUGGAUCCUGGAUACGAUAGCAUCAUUUAUAGAAUGACAAACCAGAAGAUUCGAAUGGAUUGAACUUUCCUUAAGCCAAACUGAGAAAAGGAGUUUGGAAAUUGGCUGUUUUGUGAAAAUAAAUCUCUUAGUAUGGACAGUAUACUUUAGAUUUUUAAAAAAAGCAAAUUUUGUUCCUUAUUUUGUGUGUACCUGUGAGGUUGUUUUAGAGUGAAUUGUAGUAUUGCUGUGAAUUGAUUUGUGUGAUAGAUUACAUAACAUGCUCAACUAUUACAAUAUAACCAUUAAUUAUAAUUUCAUUCCAUUUAGUAUUUGAAAAUAAUGCACUGAAAUAAAUGUAAAAACAUUUAGAAUAGCUUGUGUUAUUUAUGUUGAGAAAAUGCACUGAAUUUAUUAGAUUUUGAAUGUUUAACUUCCUUAUACAGAGUAGGUGAAAAUUAUAUUUGGGUUGUUAGUAGUAUGAACCGUUGUAAAUGUCUUAAUUUGAUGUAAAUAUCUCUGAAACAAGAGAAAAGGUUUUUAACUUUAGAGCAGCCCUAAACUAUGCAUGUGCAUAUACAGUUGCUUAGAUUUGGACCUGCACCUGAUUUCUGUUAACCUCUUGAAAGUUUGGUGAUCCAGAUGGUCUAGUGUAGGUAUUAAAAAUGCUACAUUGAUUUAUGAAGAAACUAGCUUUGUGGAGUUAUAAAUUCUCAUUAUUAUACAAAAACAAAUAUUUGGGGGAUAUUUUGGGGCAUGAAUAUAAAAAUCUUUUUACUCCAGUAACUUCCUUCUGUGUAAGUUACUAUGGUUUAUAGUACAACAUCAUUAUAGAAGAGUAAGUAUAAGUAGAUGCUCCCUACUUUUUAUGUGGAAGUGGACCAAUGUCUAUAAAGA